UGCUGACAGCACGGUAUGCGAAUCGAGGAUGUUGAAGCUGCUGGGAGCUCCCAGCGCGUGCAGAAGCGGAUCAAGAUAGAGUGUCGCGCCUAUUUAUUAAUGAAUUUUCGAUAUAUGAAGGGGUUGGGUAUGAUUUAGUAAAUGUGCGCGUGUUGAUUCAACAGAGCGCCACGGAAUACAUGCGGAAUAAGUAGCUAGCAGAGGUGUUCUGGUGACAUAUCACGGCCAAAUGCCCCAUGCUCCACAUGCAAAUGUGGGCAACGCAGGGAAAAAAAACAAGGCUUGAGCAAGUUACCCAAUGCAUCUAUAUACAGGGUGCCGCAAAAUAGCCUGCUUCACCUGCAUCUAGCUUUUACAUGAGAACAAAACUGAAUUGUCUUUACAGUUGUUAUAAAAAAUACAAUAAGGACAAGGGACAGGGCGCAUUUUGUAUAUGCGCUAUGUCAAAAAAUACUUGCCUCCAAGUGCGAUGCCAAGCCCGACGUCAUGGCAAACAGCCAGGCUUGCUGUGUUGAAUAAUCG